AUGGGGGCCAUGCCGGGAGCAGUGGCGAUGCGUGAGGCGGAUAGGUUGGUGGAGGAGGGGCGGGGAGAGGUGGAGUGGAAGGUGAGAGAAGCACUCAAGUAUGAAUGGAGGGUGGAAGGGGACGGAGAAGGGGAGGGCGUGGGCGGGGAAGGGGGAGAGGGCAGGCGGAACGUGAUGGUGGUGGGGGACUCGCUGAGCCUGCAGCUCGCGCACGCCCUGCGCUACAACGUGCGCGUGGGCUCGGACGACCCCAAGGAGCGCGUGCGGCGCGGACGCAUCUCGGUGCUGUGCAAAAGGUGGCUCACCAAGCGCGUGCAGGGCUCGUGGGUGGACGAUCUGCGGGGGGAGAACGUGUCGAUUCUGAUUGUCAACCGCGGCGCGCACUUCACCCCGCACGAGUCAUUUGCGUGGGAGGUUUCCGGGCAGCUGGCUUGGUUGCGGGAGCAGUUUCCGGAUCUGCUGAUUGUUGUGCGCGGGACGCCGGCGGGGCAUAGGGAGUGCAUGCGUUACGACCGUCCCUUGGAAAAGAAGGUUGGAAAGGAUAAUUCGAGUGAUAGUGAUAGGCGUGGUGGGAGUUUUGAGCAUGUAGAUAAGUAUAAUUGGGAGAAGUUUGCGCACCAGAAUGAAGUUGCGAGGAAAGUGGCGGAGGCGGUGGGGGCUGUGUAUAUGGAUGUGGAGAGUAUGACUGAGCUGAGGCCGGAUUCCCAUAGAGGGGCCAAGGAUUGCCUUCAUUACUCCAUUAUAAUGGCUGCAGAGGAGGAGUUACGGCCGGUAGAGGCGAAUAAAGACGUGGCCGAAGCGGGAGAAGCCGCAGAGGAGAUGAAAGCGGUCGAUGGGGCGUCGGAGGAAGGGCAGGAGGACGACGGGAGCGAGGAUUUCAACAAACUGAUUCCGGAUUCCGAUUCGUCAGAUUCGGAAGCGAGUGAAGGGGAGGGGGGAAGCGACGAGGAGGAGGAGGAGGAAGAGGGAAGGGGCGAGAAGCGAGAGGGUGCGUCUGGAGCCAGUCUGGCAGCGGCGCAAGCUCAAGCGGAGAGAAAAUCCGCAUUGCAGGCGGCGCGAUUGGCGCGCGAGCAGAAGCGCGCAGAUGCAGCGGCGGAGCGGAAGGAGCGGCGCGCGCUGAAGGACCUGUUGCGGCGGCCGUGGGAGGCGGGGGAAGCCGGCGGGGGAGAUGGCGGAGAGGAUGGGGGGAAAGAGGAGGAGGUGCAGGGGAGUGAUGCUGAGGGGGAGGAGGGGGAGGAGGGGGAGGAGGGGGAGGAGGGGGAGGAGGGGGAGGAGGGGGAGGAGGGUUCAGAAGGCGAGGGGGAUGAUGAGGAAGAGGAGGAGGAAGAUGAGGAAGAGGAAGGAGAGGAGGGAGAAGAGGGAGAAGAGGAAGAUGAAGAGGAAGAGGGCGAGGAGAGCGAAGAGGAAGGGGAGGCAGAAGAAGGGGAGGAGGGGGAGGAGCGAGAGGGGCGGGAGGGCGAUGGCGCGGGUCAUGCGGCGGAGGAGAGCGACUCCUCGGAGGACGAGGUGCGCCCGCUCUCCCCCUCCCACUCUCCCCCCUCCCACUCUCCCGCCCUCCCACUCUCCCGCCCUCCCACUCUCCCGCCCUCCCACUCUCCCGCUCUCCCACUCUCCCGCCCUCCCGCUCUCCCCCUCCUUCUCCCUCUCCCGCCCCGCCCUCUCUCCCCAACUCCCACUCUCCUGCCCUCCCACUCUCCCGCCCUCCCACUCUCCCGCCCUCCCACUCUCCCGCCCUCACGCUCUCCCGCUCUCCCCCUCCUCCCUCUCCCGCCCUCCCACUCUCCGCCCCUCCCACUCUCCGCCCCUCCCACUCUACCGUUCCUUCUCGUCCCCUAG